AUAUCUGUGACAUCAAGCAUCAUCAACUUCCAUAACUUCACAACCAUGAAGGUUGCACUAAUCCAGUUGUAUUCACAGCCUCUGGCACCGGAGGAAAAUUUCGCCAAGGCUGAAUCAUUCAUCCGAGAUGCAGCAUCCAAAGGAGCAUCUCUAGCAAUUCUUCCGGAAUACCACUUAUCGUCAUGGGUUCCAGACCGUGAAGGCCUUCUUCGCGUAGCUCUCCAGUCUCCCGCAUACCUGGAGAGGUACUGCGCCUUGGCCCGAGAGCUCAGCAUAUCCAUCGUCCCCGGCACAUUACUCUCUGCGCCGCCUGCAGAUGCCCCGGAGAACGGCCUGGCUAAUGUCUGCUACUUCAUUGGACCUGACGGCAAGGUUUUGGGCAGCUAUCAAAAACGCAACCUCUGGCACCCAGAGAAGCCUAUCCUCGAGGCAUCUUCUGCACCUGUGCCUCAUCAAGCCUUCGACACGCCGCUAGGUAGAGUUGGACUGCUUAUCUGCUGGGAUAUUGCGUUCCCAGAAGCCAUGCGCAGUCUGAUCGCCGACGGCGCUACUAUCAUAGUUUGUCCUGCUUUCUGGCUGCUUACUGAUGGUGGUGAUGAGGGUAUGGAUGUCAACCCCGCAGCUGAGACUCUGUUCCUUGAUACGAUGUGCGUGGCUAGAGCAUUUGAGAAUACAGCAGCUGUUCUGUUUGUUAACUCAGGCGGUGCCGCUCCCGGUGAUGAGGAUGGCAUUGCACCAGGCAAAGACGCAUUGGGGCGGGAGUAUGCUGGUGUUAGCCAAGCCGCUUUGCCCAUGCAGGGCAGUCUCGGCAGACUGGGCUCUGGUGAAGAAGGUAUGAGCGUUGUGGAUGUGGACAUGUCUAUCCGAGAGACAGCAGAAGGAGUAUACAAAGUCAGAGAAGAUAUGGCGUUACGGGCCUGGAGGUAUUCUGCACCAAUCCCUAAGUAGUUACGAAGUCUAGUAGUUUGACCAAAUGAAUUAUUAAAAAGAAAUUCAAUUAUAUCUAUCCAACGCCGGGUAUUUAACCUUAGCUACACUGAAUUAUAAGGACCUGGAGCUUUACAACAGAGGCCCGCUUGGUGAUUCAUUAUUCGUACAUCACUGUUCGUGUUUAACAGUGGUGGAUUAAGCAGGGAAGGCUGCAGCACUUUAUGCUUGUUGGCUUGCCUCUAGAGCAUCGAGAAACUGACUUCUCAAUUCCAUAGACUCUUUGCCAUGUUUGUUUUGCAGUCGGAGAGCCUCACGCUUGGCAUUUGCGACACGGCGUUUACCACUUGCGUCUGACGGUACCUGGCUAAUAUCUAUGGACAAGAUGAGUCUCAGUGAGUUGUCAUCGCGUUGAGUCCAUACGCCUUCCAUAUGUGUUGGUAGUCCCUGUUUCUGUUUCAAGCUUUCCAUUGUCUGAGCUGCGGCACCGCCAGUUCUCAUUGACGUUGCUACCAGAGCCUUAAUGACAAUGUCGUGCGAGUAUCCAAGACUCUCAUAGAACCCUAUCCAAUGAGCAAUAUCUUCAUCGCCGUUAGCUGGUUCAGAUAUUUGGGCUUGUCUUGGCGGACUGCGGCUCUUGAAUUCCGCAGGUAGUGAUCGUCUCGGUGCUUGCUUAGCUACAGCUCGCUCUUCAUCUUCCCGAGGAGUUGGCUGUCUAGCAUUUACAUCUUCCAGUCGAAGUGGUAUCGGUGUAGCAUUGCUCCACUCAUCUUGAAGCUGUUGGGAAGGUGUGAAAUCCAUCGUAGAUUGCCUUCCCUGCAAAGUCGGUGUUCGCUGGUUAGACUGUCCAGCAACCUUCAAUGCAGAUUCAGGUGUCGAUGGAAUUUCAGUGUUCUUGUUCAGCUUUUGACGCUUUCCUCCUAGAGGCAGCUCUGGUUCUGAAUCAAGUGCUCGCUUCCCGGACAAAAAUCUUGAGGGAGGAGAAGAUGGAACGUAUGAUCGCGGUGAGGUGGAUGGCGCUACGCUUUUCGAUUUUGAACUGGUGGCGCCUUGAUUUUCCUCUGCUGUUUCUGACGGAGAAAAUUCAUCAAGACUAUCCAGAAAAUCCAUGAGAUUCUCUUCAUAGCAUAGCUGUAAGGUCCUUGAAAUGUCUUUGUUGGCAACCCAGUUGUAACCAAGCUCUUCGGCAACCUUGUCCCAGUCCAGUUCUUCAGCAGGGACUUUUUGAGAGUUGAUAGCUUUUGCAAGAUCCCAGAGUUCAAAAUGCUUUCCCGAGAACAUGCAAUCCUUUUCGAUUUUGGCACCAGUAGCGUCAAUGUACAUGUCGAGAUCUUCGUAGAACUGUUGUUUGGGGCCGUGAUAUCUUGUAUUUCCCGACUGACUGUCUCUUUGGCUCUCAGUCACCUCUGCUGUAUUAGCUGUCUUCGACCCGGCGUCUUCGCUGUUGGAAGACUGAUAUUCAGCAGCAAUCUGGGCAAGUUGUUUCGGAUCUAAAUGACUGAAUCGCUUGACAAAUCUAUUUCGCCAUGAGGCCCAUGUGUGGUCGGAAGGAUACUGGAUAACUUAGUUAGUUUUUAAAAG